GUUUGUUUUUCUCUUAAUAACAUUGUUGUCUCUCCUCUCCUCUCCUCUCCUCUCUUGCAAACAGACCACGGUGCAAGGGACUGAGGGACGGCGGGAGGACGACGUGCUGGGGAGACGCUCUACUGCGAAACGGACUGUGAAGCAAAGUAGAGUGUUUUUAAUUUGUAACGCGAACUAAACUGGAACUUGACAACUUAUCAAGUGCUGUUAUAUCGAACUUGAUUGCUGGUGAGAUCUGUGAACACAUUAGCCAUGGAUCCAGUAACAAAGUGGACCCCUAAACACGUUGUGGACUGGAUGAAAGGUCUGGAUGACUCCCUUCAGCAAUACGUUUGUAGCUUUGAGCGAGAGAAGAUAAACGGUGACCAGCUGUUGAAGAUUUCUCACCAGGAUCUCGAGGAGCUGGGAGUUGCACGGAUUGGGCACCAGGAGCUCGUACUGGAAUCGGUGGAUCUGCUCUGCGCGCUGAAUUAUGGCCUUGAAACUGACAAUCUGAAGAGUUUAGUUGUGAAGAUGCGAGCCUUGAUGGGCAACCUACAGAAAUCGAUAGCCAGCAGGAGGACAAAUCCCUCGUAUGAUGGAGGAACGUCUCGUCAGCCUACCAAUGAGUUCCUGACCUCUGUGGUUGAACUUAUAGGUGCAGCUAAGGCCUUGCUUGCAUGGCUGGACAGGACACCCCUGACUGGGAUCAGCGAUUUCUCAUCAACAAAGAACAAAAUCAUUCAGCUGUGCCUGGAUCUCACAACCACAGUUCAACAGGAUUGCACAGUGUUUGAAAUGGAGGACAAAAUCCUUGAAGUCUCCAAGAUUUUGAAUGGGAUUUGUGACCAGACAAUGAGGACCACCUCGGACCCUUUAAUGAGGCUGUGCACGUGUGUGGAGGAGGUGCAGCUCACACACAUCAGAGCUGGAGAAGGGCUGGGCAUGUAUAUCAAAUCAACCUAUGAUGGUCUACAUGUCAUCACUGGAACCACUGAAAAUUCUCCUGCUGACAGAACACAUAAGAUCCAUGCUGGGGAUGAGGUGAUACAAGUCAAUCACCAGACUGUGGUUGGCUGGCAGUUAAAGAACCUCGUUGGCAAGCUCCGUGAAGAUCCUUCUGGUGUUGUGCUUCUCCUAAAGAAAAGACCCACGGGCAGCCACAACUUCACCCCUGCGCCCCUGAAAAACAUGCGCUGGAAGCCUCCUGUCGCACAGACCAGUCCUUCUCAAAGCUCAGCUCAGUCGCCAAGCAGCACAAUGGACACCUCCAUGAAGAAAGAGAAGCCAGCUAUUCUGGAUCUCUACAUCCCUCCACCGCCUGCUGUUCCAUACACCCCACGAGAUGGGAAAGGUAGUAUUCACUUCUCUGGAGUGUAUAAGAGUCCUCUAAAGCCUAAAGGCUCGGAGUCGCCCAAUUCCUUUCUGGAUCAAGAAAGCAGACGCCGGUUCACCAUCGCUGAUUAUGAUCACCUGGGUGUCUCCCCUAUCAAAGCAAGCGUGCAGCCCACAAAAAUGAGGGGAAGAAGCCGGUGCCAUGGAAAGCCUCGUCCUCUCUCAAUGCCUGUUGAUGGGAGCCAGUUGGGGGUGGUGGAUUCUUGUUCGAAGCCAUGGACACAAGGAAGAAAAGGAGAGGACGUCUUAUACAGAAACAUGAGCAGCGAGCGGAUCCCAACCAUCAUUGAAGAAAGCCCCUCCAUGCAGCCGCUCCACAGAUCUGUGACUGAAAGGAGUUUCAUGCGAGGCGUGGAUCACAUCAGAGGCAGCAGAUACUUUGUGAGUGCAGACCUGCACAGCAGCAGCGCCACCAUUCCCUACCAGGAAGAGGCAGCCAGAAAGACUCCCGCCGCCGCCGAGCCCUCGCUACUGGUGUUCAGAAGAAUCCCCAAUGUGACAGUCAGAAACGGGUGCAGCUACCCAGUGAGACUCAGGCCCUCUUCUGCUUGUUUAGAGCAGUCUGCUUUUCCCCUCUCUCUGAUGUCUCUGAUGGCAGCUGAUUCCUACAACCCUGUCUCCUUACGUAACAAGUCGAAGAAGAGAAGUCGAGGGGAUGUGGUAUCAAUGAGCAGACGGAGGAUAUCGUGUAGGGAACUGGGACAAGUGGACUGCCAGGGCUGGCUCUAUAGGAAGAGAGACACCAAGGGAUUCAUAGGAAUCAAAUGGAAAAAGUACUGGUUUGUGCUAAAGAGAACCUCUCUGUACUGGUACAGCAACCACACAGCAGAGAAAGCAGAAGGGUUCAUAAACUUGGCUGAUUUUACAGUGGACCGGGCAACAGAAUGCAGAAAAAAGCAUGCGAUAAAGGCCAGAAGUCCUCAGAUCAGGACGUUCUAUUUUGCAGCUGAGUCUCCUGAAGAAAUGAACAAAUGGCUUAAGAAACUUGGACUGGCUUCAAUCAGGUGUGAGCUGCCAGCUGAAGUGAGUCAAGACUGUUGGAGUGAAAGUGAUCAUGAAGAGUCAGACCUGACAGUCAACACACCACCCCCACCCUAUUCAAUGCACUCUGCAGUUAAACCUCAGGAGGAAACCCUCCCGCCCCCAUAUUCCUCAACUCCUGCAGGUGCAGCCCCCGGCCGCACCGCCUCCCCCAGCAGCACCCUCACAUCUCAGGGCUCUGACACUUCUGUCUCUAAAGCAGUCUAUGAGGAUCGCCAGUCAUGGCUCGACAUCAUUAACAGCUCACAAGCCUCCGAUGCCAGGCAGACUCUCACAUGCUCUGUGCAGAUUCACUCCAAACGCCCUCAGCCUGACAGCAGUGAUCCUGUGGGGGACUCUUCACUAAAUUCAAUAAGCAGAUCUCGGGACUGUCCUCUUGAAGAGCUGCUCAACCCCACCGGCUGUGGAGACCCAGAGAAGGAGGUGUCUUUGCCUGGAUCUGUGGAAAGUGUUCCAGAACCAGCCUCUUUGGAUGAAAUGGAAAAACUGUACAAGUCCUUGGAACAAGCAAGCUUGUCUCCUAUUGGUGAGCGCAAGCCUUCAACCCGAAAGGAGUUUAGGAAGUCUUUCAUUAAGCGCUGCAAAAACCAAGCUGUCAAUGAUAAGCUGCACCAGAUCAGGACCCUCAACAGUACUCUAAAGGCCAGAGAAGCUGAUUUAAUGACGAUUGCGCAGAUUUUGGAGAAGCCCAGUCUGACAGCACAGGAGUAUCGUGAAUGGAAGGAAGUCAAUCUGCUGUUACUGCAGGAUAUCUGUCAGAACCAACAGCCCCACACUGAGGGAAAAGCCAAAGCCCCAGACACAGCCUCCACACCAGCCCCAGACCCGUCCUGAGGGAGGACCAAAGCCCCAGACACAGCCUCCACACCAGCCCCAGACCCGUCCUGAGGGAGGACCAA